UGCAAUGCCACCACGACGGAGGCAGCAGUUUACCCAGGAGAAUGUCGAGCAGCAGCUGCAGCAGAUACAUCUCCUUGACCCCUCCUCGACAUCGGAGAACCUCGAGCAGCUCGGCCCCAUCAUCAAGCAGAUACAUACCAAUCGCCAGCAGGAAGCCUACCUCCGCGCGGUCAAGCAGCUCAUAGACUCCAAGGACGCAGAAAUUGAGCAAAUAUGUGCAGACAAUUACCAAGAGUUCAUCGGCUCUGUAUCCACGCUUUUUACCAUCAAAUCUUACACGACGAACCUUCGGGACACUAUCACUUCGCUUGACCAAAGCGUGGCACAAGUUGGCCAGGGCGUGGUAGAGAAGAAGCGCGCUUUGCUAAAGUCGAAGAAGACCGUAGCAAACCUGGACGAGGCCAUAGACACACUGCAGGCAUCACUUCGUGUCCUAGACGUUGUGAACCGCGUAGGCGAGAUGAUCGAGGAGGGAAAGUACUGGAGUGCCCUCAGGUCCCUCGAAGACAUUGAAAGCAUGCCACCGACUUCCUUGUCGCAGACCCCGCUCUUCCAGCAUUUACUUUCCUCGCUGCCUUCGUUGCGUAGUCAGAUCAAGGAUGCCGUGACGGCAACUAUGAAGCAAUGGUUGCUGUACAUCCGAGAAAUCAGCUCAGAGGUUGGUCAACUCGCCCUAGAAGCCAUGGACAAUCGUACACGGAGGUGGCGAAGUCGAAGAGAGAAGGACCCCAUGCUAAAGCUUAAUCGCGUAGGCAGUGCAGUGGAAAGCGUGACCUACGAAAAGAUUGAUCACAAUAUCCUGGAUAAUGACCGCCUGAAGGUCGACUUCACACCCCUGUACCAAUGCAUACACAUCUACACCGCUCUAGACGCGCUAGAUGAAAUCCGCAAGUCGUACCAGGCUGACCGGAAGGCGCAAUCAGACUUGAUUAUCCAAGACACACUUCCGUUAUCCCAGUUAUCCCCCGUCACGCAAGAAAUUGUUGGUUUUUUCAUCAUCGAGACACAUGUCCUCAAUACCACGGGCACCUUCCGGUCGGAACGCGACGUUGAGGAGCUCUGGGACGCACUGUUGGGACGCCUAUCCUCUGCAGCGGACCGGGCUUUGAGCAGGGAGACUGAAGCCGACUCAUAUCUCAGAGUCAAGGAAGGGCUCAUCGCGUUCGUUAUGACUUUGGAGGCAUAUUCGUACUCCACGGCAAGUUUGCACUCAUUCAUCAUCGUUCUCUUCGAGCGCUACGUCUCGUUACUUGAGAAGCAAUUUGCGAAGCGUUUCGAGUCGAUCAUAUCGCAAGAUGAUUGUCUUCCUAUGUUCAUCGAGAAUGAACGGGAUCGAGACAGUGUACUUGACACUGUCUGGCUUGGUAAUUCUGAGCGCGAGCAGCUUCUCGAGAGCCCGCUGCCCAUCAAUUUCCCGUGGUCUUCAGGAUUCUACUUGUGCUGCCAAGACAUCCGUAACUUUGUCCAUAAUUUCUAUCAAUUUUUGGAAGGCGUCUCGCAGCAUCACCGUAACAUCGACGACUUGCUCAGCAAGUCGCUGGAGAACUUGCUCACCAAGCACAUUGCCGAAAAUAUGGCUCGCCGUGCUGAGGCGACCUCAAAUCUAUCGCAACUGGCCCAGAUUAUCACCAACCUGGAACACUUUGAGGUAGCAUGUGCGGAGCUUGAGCGGUCGCUGACGACUAUCAGGUCAUCGCAACGUGGGGGCACCAUCCGGGUGAAUGCCUCGAGUGCGUUUUCUUCCGCCCUCCUACGCGCCCUCGCACGCGUGAACGCCUCGAUCACGUCCAAGCUUGACGACUUCUUUGGGCUGUCCGAAUACGACUGGACGCCAAAUAGCCGUGUCAGCAGCCCGAGCAUGUACCUGUACGAGCUCAUCAACUGGCUCACGACCGUCGUCGACACGCUCGUCAUCAAGGAGGAGUAUAAGGAUCAGGCGUAUAAGAGCGCGGUCGAGUACCUCGCGGACUGUCUUAUGGAAUUUCUAACGGGACGCAGCAUUCCGAUGCUGAACGAGAACGCGAUCCACAAUAUCCUCGUCGACGUUGACUUUCUCGAGGACGAGUUCAAGCAGGCGGGGCGGCCGCAGCUGCUGGCUGCCUUUGCGGAGCUGCGUGCGAUCGAGUCCCUCGUGUUGAACAACAACGUGCAGCAGUUCCUCAACCCGACGAUACGCCAGAAUAACUAUGCCGUCAUACGGGCGAAGCGGCUGCAGUCGAUGCUCGAGAAGCUCGCGCGCUUCGGAGGACAGAGUCGGGACGCGCCCACGCGCGAACGGGGCGAGCGUAGGCGGAAGGAGGUUGAGGCUAUCGGGAAAAUAUACCCAGUCGAGACGCGCUGAUCCAUCGAUAGCCGGCCUGCAUGUACUCCAUAACGACGGACAUCAUCCAUUGGAGAAUAUAUACCCAGUCGCGGAUGUAUUACAUGCGUCGCGCUCACAUGCACUCCACGUAAGCUAAAGGGACAUUCCCGGGGCGCGUUUCGUACAGGUAACAAGGUUGACGAACUAGAUGCCCCAGACAGAAGACGGUAAUCGAGCCGAUGGAGAUAGGAAAUUAUGAACGAGGAAACAGUGUUACACAGCAGGGUCGAGGGGCAGAGGGUUCCUUGCUUGUCGUUAGGAAUCGUGGCAUCGUUCAUGAGGAACCCGUGAUGUUGCAAAGAACUCAGACGCCUAGGUCCGUCGCUUGAUGUUGGUACUGAGCCACUCGAGACCCUCGUACAGACCGUCACCGCUGGUUGCACAGGCAGCCUAAGGCGCGCGUGUUAGCGGAGUCGGCGCCAAAAAUCCGCAUACAGCCAAGGGAAGCGUACCUGGAUAAACCAUGUCCUCUGCCGAAGGCCGUGGAGACCGAGCUUGUCAGUAAUCUCCGCUGCAUUCAUCGCGUUGGGCAGAUCUUGUUUGUUGGCGAACACAAGGAGAAGGGCAUCACGGAGCUCGUCCUCGUUGAGCAUCCGCUGCAGCUCCUCGCGUGCCUCAGACACACGUUCCCGAUCGUUCGAGUCGACAACAUAAAUAAUGCCCUGUGUGUUUUGGUAGUCUGUUCGGGAUCUAUGAGCGGACAAGGAGCUCAUAAAAGACGGUGAGUCACGCACAAUGCCUCCAGAGAGGACGAAUCUUGUCCUGGCCUCCGACAUCCCAGACGGUGAAGGAGAUGUUUCUGUAUUCGACGGUCUCAACGUUGAAACCUGCCAUCGCGCGCUGCAUGAGUUUUU